AUGAGUCCCACAGGGCUGUGUCUUCAGGCACUGCCCAGCAUAGAACUGGCCACAGUGCCAGAGGCUGUAUGUGAGUCUGCAGGAACCCCAAGUCCCCCAACAGGCCAGGAUGAGAGCCGCUGGAGCCUGGUGCAGGUCAGGGUGAGGGAGCUGGUGGAGUCGCUGGUGACCAAGACCAGGGAGAGGUGGCAGUGGUUCUGGGGCCCUGGGGCCCUCCAGGGCUUCAUACAGACCUACUAUGAUGACCACCUGAAAGACCUGGGUCACCGCACCCAGACCUGGCUCCUCAGCUCCAAGGACAGCCUCCUGAACAAGACUCAGAGCCUGUGUCCCAGGAUGCUCUGCGGAGACCAGACCUAG